AUGUUGUUUUGCCAACUUAACGAGACCUCUACUCUCGGCUUUUGCGUACACACUCUUGUUGAACAUGCUGCUAUCAGGUUCUACGAUAAGAUUGCCUUGAUUUGUGCAAAUCAGUCCCUCACAUUCGGUGCUCUCAACUGCCUUUCGAACCAACUCGCACUGUCCUUGAUAGAUCAGGGCAUUGGUCGCGGCCAAAUUGUGGCUGUCGCCCUAGAGAGGUCACCCAGACUUGUCGUGGCCUUAUUAGCGGUGCUCAAAACGGGUGCUGCGUAUCUGCCUUUAGACCUGGUACUUCCAAAUCAGCACCUCAGACACAUCUUGAACGACGCCUCUCCGAGUUGUGUACUCGUUGACUCUACAUCAAAAGAUUUAUUCACACCAUGGAGGAGUAUUUGCUUCGAUAUUGACGGCAUGCAAAGGAUGCCUACCGGCGCCCGAAACCCAAACAUCAACGUAAAAGUUGCUGAUCUGGCCUAUAUUACGUACAGCUCAGGGCCGGCUGGACGGCCGAAGGGCGUUCAAGUUACCCACGGCGCUGUCUCCAAUGUGCUGUGUUCAACGAUGCGCGAGGUUAAUGUUAAUGAGACGGACCGUCUACUUGCCAUCACAGCUAUUUGCUGUGACAUUGCUGUGCUGGAGCUUUUCUUACCCCUUUUGUGUGGUGCUUCCAUCGUUCUCGCUCGGACUGCGGAUACCAGCACUCCCAAGGCAUUACUUGGUUUAAUGAGACAAUACCGCAUCACUACUAUGCAGACCACGCCAACAAUAUGGCAGAUCCUGCUAAAUCAAGGACUUCAGGAGGCUCCCCGCUUGGCGAAUCUGAUUUGCAACGGACACAAGUUGCCUCAGAAGCUGGCGCAGAAUCUCGUCCCAUUCGCGGAUUCGAAACAACAAUCAAAUGGAGCUUGUGAGGAGUAG